UCUCUCUCUCUCUCUCUCUCUCUCAACACAACUCUGUUCUGACGUCAGACUUACGCACUCAACGCUUUCCUUCUUCAACUCCGUCUCGCUCUCCUUCUUCUUCUGUAGUUUUGCUUUAAAAAUAUUUUUAUAUAAAUAUCCAAAGCAAGGCAGGCAGACAGAUAGAUAUAGAGAGAGAAAAGGGUGGAGAAAAAAAUAUCUUUUUUAUUUGAUCAAUUAGUAACUUAAAACCGGCAAAUUACCCUGUGAUUCUCCGAUUUCCUGUUCAGUUUUGCACCGACUCUCGUCGCUUUCUCGCCAGCCAAACACUCCUCCCGCCCUUAGGGUUUGUUUGGGACGAUGGACUCCGAGGACGAUAUGCACGACGCCAACGACGUCGAGUCCAUGGAUGACGACGAGGGCUUUUACAGCGACGAGAUGGGCAUGGACUACUACGGCAGCGACGACGACGUCGAUGUCGAUUUCGGCGAGGAUAAUGAGGGAAUCAAGAGGAUCGAGGCUAGUCGAGCUGAGAAUAAUUUUAUCAUCUUGAAGGAAUCAGAUAUAAAGCAGCGUCAGGAAGAAGAUAUUACAAGUGUAUCUACUGUGCUUUCCAUAUCAAGAGCUGCUUCAAGCAUUUUACUUCGUUACUAUAAUUGGAGUGUUAGUGAAGUGCAUGAAGCAUGGUUUGCUGAUGAAGAUAAAGUGCGAAAAACUUUUGGCUUGUUAAAAAAGCCAGUGAUUCAGCUCACCAGUUCAAGAGAACUUACCUGUGGGAUCUGUUUUGAAGCCUUUCACCGCAGUAGCAUCAGAUCAGCUGCAUGUGGUCAUCCUUUUUGUUGUGCAUGCUGGGAAGGCUACAUUAGAACGUCCAUUGGCGAUGGUCCUGGAUGUUUAAUACUGAGAUGUCCUGAUCCAUCAUGUGGUGCUGCUGUCGGUCAAGAUAUGAUCACUAUGUUGGUCUCUGAUGAAGAUAACCGGAAGUACUCUCGGUACCUUCUUCGGUCUUAUAUAGAAAACAACAAGAAGACCAAGUGGUGUCCUGCUCCGGGUUGUGAAUAUGCUGUUAAUUUUGUUGGUGAUGAUGAAAAUUAUGAUGUUUCUUGCCUCUGCUCCUAUGGCUUUUGCUGGAAUUGUACGGAGGAAGCUCAUCGUCCUGUGGACUGUAGCACUGUGUCAAAGUGGAUUAUGAAGAACAGUGCUGAGUCUGAAAACAUGAACUGGAUACUAGCCAAUUCCAAGCCAUGUCCAAAGUGUAAGCGACCUAUUGAAAAAAACCAAGGGUGCAUGCACAUGACGUGCACACCACCUUGCAAAUUUGAAUUUUGCUGGCUGUGCCUUGGUGCAUGGUCAGAUCAUGGUGAGAGGACAGGUGGUUUCUAUGCUUGUAACCGCUAUGAAGCAGCUAAGCAAGAGGGAGUUUAUGAUGAAACUGAGAGAAGAAGAGAAAUGGCAAAGAAUUCUCUGGAGAGAUACACUCAUUAUUAUGAACGUUGGGCUAGCAAUCAAUUGUCGAGGCAAAAAGCUCUUGCGGAUUUGCAUCAAAUGCGUACUGUGCAUAUGGAGAAGCUUAGUGACAUACAGCGUGAACCUGAGUCUCAGCUCAAGUUCAUAACUGAUGCCUGGCAGCAGAUUGUUGAGUGUAGGAGAGUGCUGAAAUGGACUUAUGCUUAUGGGUAUUACCUGCCUGAGCAUGAGCAUGCAAAGAGGCAAUUUUUUGAGUACUUGCAAGGUGAGGCUGAAUCUGGUUUGGAAAGGCUUCAUCAGUGUGCAGAGAAGGAGCUACAGCAAUUCCUUAGUGCGGAUGGCCCAUCGAAAGAAUUUAUUGAUUUCCACACAAAGCUAGCUGGACUGACCGGGGUGACUAAAAAUUACUUUGAGAACCUGGUAAGCGCAUUAGAGAACGGCCUAUCAGAUGUGGAUUCUCAAGCAACUUGCAGUGGAUCAAGCUCAAAAAAUGGAGGAAGCAGCAAAGCGAAAGGUGGAAAGGGAAAGGGAACUAGUCGAGCUGGUGGCUCCAGCAAAAAUGUAGACAGCACAGGUAUGUGGACCUGUGAGUACUGUACAUAUGCAAAUUCGAAGCAUUCCACCACAUGCCACAUGUGCCACCACCAGCGACGGUGAAUAUUCUUUGCUUCCUGAUCUCUGUCCUUGUAGUUAAAAUUAACUGCAGGCAAGUUGAGAACAAGAGUAUAAUGGAAGUGGCUCUCUUGGUAUGAAAAUUAAAAGAUGUAAAAUCAAAGGGAAAAAAAUGAAGACAGAUUUGUUAGGGGAAAAAGUAGGUUUGCCUCUUGGUAUUCUUGUGUUUUGGUGGAAACAUGUGAUUAUUGUUCACUGUAUAUAAUAUCGAUGUCCUUACGAAUUCGGGGUUCUAUGACCUGCUUUUGUUACCUAUUGUUUGAUUAUCAUAUAUUAUAGUUGUCUAUUGUGAAUGCAAA